UCCCCCUAACUUCCGGUUGCUAAAUCUUUAUAUCCGGGGGCGAAAAGCGACUGUUGGACACUCCCCUCUCUUAUUCCCUUGGGGUAAGUUGUUUUUGGCAGUUGGAGAAUACUUUCGUAAUCGCUUUAAGAAGGACCUUUGUUUUACUGACAUGGAAACAGGGACCCGAAGGGAGGAACAAGACUCGUUAGGUACCAUUGGCAAAGUUGAGUCGGAGCCUUGAUUUUUCCCGUUGAGAGGCCUCUUCGUGACACGUGAUCGUUGGAGCUCUCGCGCUCCUUGGGCUGUUGGAGGCGCCGCCAUCCAGAGUGUAGCUUACCCUCCGGCGCUGUGGUUCGCGGUUGCGUGGGUUUGUAAUCGUUUUGAAGAUUAGCUGAUUCCUUCACGGAGGAAGCUCCCUUUUUGAAGGGGAAAUUGACACUAUUUCAUUUGAUUAUGAGAACAAUUCCAGGUGAGGACACUGAGGUGUGCCCAGGAUUACCUCACAUCUGCUUUUUUUUAUCUUCUAGGAAUAUGCUGAAGCAGUGGGUUGAAACCUAAACUCACAGCCUAGGGUGCAGGAGAAGCUAAGUGGGAGUUCUUAAAGAGCUUCUGAAUGAUACAAAAAUUUACUCUGAAAUAAGACAAGAGGAAAUGACUGUUACAAAACAAAAGAUGAGCAAGAACAAAGAAGAUGCUCCCCAUGAGCUGGAAAGCCAGUUCAUAUUACGCUUACCCCCAGAAUAUGCUUCUACUGUGAGAAGGGCAAUACAAUCUGGAAGUGUUAAUCUGAAAGAUAAGUUGACCAUUGAAUUACAUGCAGAUGGACGUCAUGGAAUUGUCCGAGUGGAUCGUGCCCCAUUAGCUGCUAAGGUGGUUGACCUUCCCUGUGUUACUGAAUCCAUGAAAACCAUAGAUAAAAAAACCUUUUACAAGACAGCAGAUAUCUGCCAGAUGCUUGUGUGCAGUGUCGAUGGGGAUCUUUACCCUCCUCCAGAAGAACCAGUUGCUACUACUGAUCCAAAAGCAAGUAAGAAAAAAGAUAAAGACAGGGAGAGAAAAUUCAUCUGGAACCAUGGUAUCACUCUGCCACUAAAGAAUGUCAGAAAGAGAAGGUUCCGUAAGACAGCCAAGAAGAAAUAUAUUGAAUCACCAGAUGUGGAAAAAGAAGUAAAAAGGCUUCUAAGUACAGAUGCAGAAGCUGUCAGUACCCGGUGGGAAGUAAUUGCAGAAGAUGAAACAAAGGAAGCAGACAACCAAGUUUCCCUGGCAGGCCUAGAUAUUUCCUCUCCAGGAAUGAGUGGCCAUAAGCAGGGCCAUGGCUCCUCAGAACAUGAUGAACUUCGAGAGAUAUUUAAUGACAUUAGCAGCAGUAGUGAAGAGGAAGAUGAGAGAGAUCCUCAUGAUGAUGAAGACAUAAACAUCAUUGACACUGAGGAAGACCUAGAGAGGCAGCUACAAGACAAGCUUGAUGAAUCUGAUGAACAGCGCCAAGAAAACGAGCAAACAAAUCAGAUGGUUAUGGGAAUUCAGAAGCAGAUUGAUAUAAUGAAAGGGAAACUCCAGGAGACUCAAGGGAGAGCAAAGCGACAGGAAGAUCUCAUUAUCAAAGUUGAAAAUCUGGCACUCAAGACUCGUCUUCAGGCUGUCCUGGAUGAGCUCAAACAACAGGAAGAACGAGAGAAGCAACAGCUCAGUUCUUUGGAGGAACAGCUAGAAUCACUCCUGGAAAAAUAAGUCCCUGCCUAUAAAUUCACUGUUCCCCUCAUACUGGCAAAUGGUUCACAUUCCAUCCUUUGGCUUGAAGAUUAUUCAUCUGGAAAUUUGACUUUAUUUACAUUUUACCAUUUUUCUGUUGCCUAGUUUGAAUUUUAUCUCUGUGGCACCUUUUAUUUGCUAGCAACUUAUAUACUAUUAAGUAAGACAUAGGUGAGAAAAGUUUGGUUGUAUGAGUUUUGGGAUUAGUAGAUUAAAUUGUAGAUAUUCCUACUUUUAUUCCAAAACUUUCUUUAAAAAUAUUGAGAAAAUUGUAUUGUUUUGUGAUAAAAGACCCAACUCACUUGUAAGGAGAUUCAAAGAUAGAUGCUGAAAGCUUGUUUUGUAUACAUUUUAAGUUCUCAACUGUUACAGAUAACUUCUCACACAUAGAAGACCAAAAAAUAUGUAGUGGUAGAUAACUCCCACAUAAAUAAAAACGACUAAUAUACAGCUAUUCAUGUUUAUAAUAGAAGUGGCUUUCUCCUGAGCAUUUGUCUAUUUUUCCUUGAAUAAUGUUGUUCAGUGCAUUAACAAACAGCUAUUUUUAUAUAGAGAGGGAUACACCUUGUUUGGCAACUUUUAGGGCUACAUUUUUCAUUUCUCCAUCACAAAUGAUAAAAAUAUUAUUCUCUUCUGGUAUUAAAUAGAUUUCUGUUUAAAUUCUGACCUACCUUGAAUUUAAACACAAUAGAGUUCCAAGUUAAUCUUUCAUGCUGUGAUCCAGUUUUUACAACUGUAAUAAAGAAUUAUUUCUUUCCCUA